AUGGGCCUAUUUGACUCUUUCAAAAAUGACAAUGCAACUUGUCCUGCGCCUCGGCCUCUCGUGGCUGAUGCAUCCGAAAAUUUCGUGGGCGGCUUCACUUUCCACCAGUUUAACAUGAUUCUUUCCGGGGCCUGCACGGGAAUUACCUGCGUGGUGAUCUUGGCUUCGAUGGUCAUGCACUCGUUACGCUUCAGUAAUCCGAGCGAGCAACUCAAAAUUAUGCGAAUCGCUACCUUGCUCCCUCUUUAUUCGAUCUUCUCCAUCAUCCCCAUUUGUUUCCCCAACGCCUACGUUUACCUGGUGGGGUGGAUCGAAGUUUUCCAGGGCAUCGCCCUCUACACGUUUCUCAUGCUACUCUGCGAGGUUCUUGCUCCCCAUGACCGACACCGUGUCGACUUCUUUGCUUCUUUAAGGAUUCCCAAACGGAGCGACAAGAAUGCGACCACUGACGGCUUAUCCUGGCUCCAGAGAACGUGGUAUUUUGUCCUCCAGUAUCCGAUCGUCGCCGUUGUCGUUGCUAUCGCCCAAUGUAUAACCGAAGCUGCAGGCGUCUACUGCCUGGAAAGUAGCAACAGGCAUUUUGCUCAUCUCUGGCUCAAUAUCGGCCAAGUUCUAUCGGUAUCCGUUGCGAUUAUGUCGAUCAUUCGAUUCUAUGCCCACCUCAAGUCCCACAUGCAGGAGCAUAAACCAUUGACCAAAUUUCUGGCUUUCAAAAUGGUCAUUGGUCUGGUCUUCUUAGAAAAGCUCAUCUUCCUGAUCCUCCACUCGACCAAUGCCCUCAAAGAAAGCUCAACGCUGAGCUACGCCGACGUAUACAUUGGCAUACCGACGAUGAUCAUCUGCAUCCAGAUGGUGCCAUUCGCGUUCUUCUUCCACUACGCAUACACUACAACGCCCUACCGCGUGAGUAACAGCAGGGCUCGAUCUGGGACCUCCCAGGGAUAUUCCGCUGUGGAUGAAGCAGAGGCGGCCCGAACGUACAAGGUGCGCCAGUACCAGGGUGGCCCUCUGGGUCUCUACGCUUGGUUGGCAUUUUUCAAUGUCUUCGAAUUUGUGCGUGAAAUCACAUCGACAUACCGGAUGCUGCGCGAGGGACGGAUGCGGUCCGCGGAUCUCGUAGAGUCGGAGGAAAGCUAUCGAAUGCAAUAUGGCAUGUAA